AAGAAAAGAAAAGAAACUGGGUUGAUAGGGGUAAUGGAGCCUUUCACAACGUGCGCCGAGAUAAUCUGUAUUGUACCUAUAAGAUCGACCACAACAUAUCGGAUCGACGACAUUAUCCAAUCAUAGAAUCGACACGAUCUAUAACUGUCACAACGCAUACGCUCUUGUCAGUUUGCACCAUAUAA